GCUCGAACUCAAACUUCAGAAUCUUCAGAAACGAAAAAUUUGUUUAUGUUUAGUUUUUAGAAAACAAAAAUGCAAAGUAACCAGCAUGAGAUGUAAUUUCGCAAUAUUCGCGAAAAUCUUCCAACUUACGAAUCAGAUGCCAAAAUGGCAAGACUGAGCAACGUGCGUGUGAAAUUGUGUGAUCAAAUUUUGCUGCACAAACUGCAUUUGCUGAACAAUGCAGUGGUUCGAACAGGAGUCACCGAACGGGAAAUGGAGGAAGCCUUCAAACGUUCGAUCGACUAUCGUCCCAGUCGACUGACCUGGACCCAGUGGAACGACGGAACGCUUUCCAUUUUAUAUAGUGUAAUUUUCUUGAUAGCACUGUUCAUCUUGACACCGUUUCUGGCAUCAUUUAUCGAAGUUAUAUUGGGUACCCGGUGCAUUGUCCCAAACAACUAUCUGGUUUGGGAAGCGACUCGACCAUUAUCUGACUGUAACUACUGUAGAGGAGUACAAGGUCCGAUAAUUCUUGCCAACUUGUCCCGCGAAGAGUUCAAACCGUACGCAUACUCUUCGAGACCAAUUAUUAUAAAGAACGCGAUAUCUCAUUGGCCAGCGGCGACACUUCUUAAUUUCACUUUCCUGAAGGACCUCUACUUCAAACACCCAUCGGCGUUGGACAGCAUUCAGGAAGAUUGUCAAUUUCUGCACUUCAAAUCAAACUUCCAAACACUCAAGGAUGUUUUUCGCAUGUCGGAAGAAUUCCGUACCGGUCAUAAACCAUGGUACGUAGGCUGGAGUAACUGCAAUCCCGCUGUUUUAGCUGAGCUGAGAAAAUUAUACCCCAAACCUCACUUCCUGCCGGAGGAUGCCGAGAUGCCUAAUACGGAUUUUGUGUUUCUGGGUUAUGAACAAGGAGCGGUCAUGCAUAUUGAUUACAUCCCGCGGUUGAUGUGGCAAGCUCAGCUUAGAGGUAAUAAAAGUUGGAUACUUGCUCCUACUCCCGAAUGUGACGACGAGUGUCGGAGUUUCAGUUUUUACGUUGAGCCUGGAGACGCUCUGCUAGUUGACACCCGGUUGUGGUAUCACGGAACCUUUAUCUAUAAGGGAGAGUUUUCGCUCACGAUUCAAUCGGAGUAUGGUUGAGGGAUUAUCGAUGUUUUAAAAUGUUUUUAAAUUAUUGUUUGAAUGUAUACGUUUGUUUUUGUAAUUAUUAGCGUGCCAUUUAUUUUAACAGUGUAAUGUAAAUGCAACUAGGAUUUUCUUUCGUUUUAUUUGUGAAAUACUCAGAGUUAAAGUCUUAA